AUAACGUGCGCCGCCUCCGGCUGUCACGUUCCUCAAACGCUGCACCUGCAUUUAUGGCGAGGAAGAUAAAGAGAUACGGAAGACCAAACGUAUCUCCUAAGAGAUCUGGUCAGAUUCGGUUGAUUCAAAAAAUCCCAAGAUUCAGAUCGUCAUUGCUGAUGUGUACCCUAUAUUGUCACAUCAGCUCGUCAUUGCGAACACACCUACCAGGUCGUUACAAACAUGACAUUAUGCCAGAUCGGCACACCCGUGACAGUUCGUUCAAAAGUGUGGAUCUUUUGCUAAAAUUCCCCAAGAUUCAGCUCGUCACAUAUUGUGGCGGCAGCCACAUUUGCCAGGUCGAUACACGGAUCGCAGCUCGCACAGGUCACAAACUUUUACGUAAAUCAAUGGGUACCUCAGGUCGCCCUAAAUGUGAGGUCGCACCUUCUAGUCAACGGUGGUGCUCCAAGCUCAGGUCGUCACAAAUACGAGCUGCUCGGGCGUUCCAUGCAGGGAUGGCCCCCGAGCGAGCUCGUCUAUUGCCAAUCACUUCAGCUCGCCGCCAUGACCGGCCCACACUAAUGUGGCUGUGAAAACCAGCUCGCCCACACGUUUUCAAGCUCGCGAGCUCACCUCUUUUCGUUUUACCUUUCAGCUCGCCCCUUGUCGAGGUCGGCUGCAAGCUGUUAAACC